CUCUACAGUAAAAUGAUUCACCCUAAUUUAUGAAGCAGUUAUGUAGCAGCCAUACAGAAUUAUAAGCACUCAAUUAUUUGGACGUUGAUGACAAAACUGAAACAUACUCUUUAAUUUUGCGUUGCCAAAAUACAUGCAAUGCACAUUCAUUGCUGGUAAAGUGGUAUUUGUUUUUCGAACUGACAGGAACUAAUAUUCCCGGGGACGCGGUUUCUAGCCGGAUAUAUUUUGCGUGGGAACGCGAACAUGGCGAUCCACUGUAGCAGAACAUGCCUACAAUAUUUGAUACAUUUGGCCCACGACAAUGUUGACUUCAGGCUACCGGAGAUUAGGGCGCUGCUGUCCCUCAGGGGCAAACCGUUUGAUCCAGGUGAAAACUUCAAAGAAAAGUCUCCAUUCUGGCGCCUGAAUGGCUUGUCAGAGGAAGAUGUCAACAGCAUCAUGGCCAGAACUGUUUGUGCAAAGUCUGCAUUUGAGCUAUGGGGUCAUGGCAGAACACACAUUGAACUCAGGACCUCGCUCUUGAAAUAUCCAACAGAGAACAUGUCACCCUUCCUACAAAAAGACUCCACAUACAAAAUCAAUGUCUACACUUUCAACAAGACUCUAGAGUUCGAAGAUAGAAUUAAGAAGAUAGAUGCAAUGGAAUAUCUCUCCUUCGAGGGAAGGGUCAAUCUACGGAACCCUAAACACAUCUUCUGUCUGUUGGAGGACUAUGGAACUGACCCUAACAACAUCCCAGACGAGCCACUCUACAUCUACUUUGGGAGAUGGAUUGCAGAUGGCCAGCGCGAGUUGAUUCGCUCUCACAGUGUGAAGAACAGGCACUUCAUAGGUAACACCAGUAUGGAUGCUGGGUUGUCUUUUAUCAUGGCCAACCAUGCUAGGGUCAAAGCUUACGACCUGGUCUACGACCCCUUCGUUGGGACUGGUAGCCUCCUGGUUGCAUGCUCUCAUUUUGGUGCAUAUGUCUGUGGAACAGAUAUUGAUUACAACACCAUCCAUGGGAUAGGCAAAGCGAGUCGUAAGAACCAGAAGUGGAGGGGUCCAGAUGAGAACAUCAGAGCCAACCUGCGUCAGUACGGCUCAGAGAAGCUGUAUGUGGACGUCCUUGUGUCUGACGCCUCCAAGCCUAUCUGGAGGGACGGAGUGCUCUUUGAUACCAUCAUCACUGACCCCCCCUAUGGGAUUCGGGAGUCAACCAGGAGAACAGGCUCUCAGAAGGACAGUGUAAACAGUGUGAAGCCAUCUGAAGACUAUGUUGGAGACAGCCAUGUCCCCGUUUCCAUGGCCUACCACCUGAGUGACAUCUUCACUGACCUGUUAAACUUCUCAGCUCACCACCUGGUCAUCGGGGGACGGCUAGUCUACUGGCUACCAAUCUACAGGCCAGAGUACUGUGAAGAGAUGGUGCCCCUGAAUGCCUGUCUCAGACUGGUCAGUAACUGUGAACAGACCCUUUCCAGCCACACCUCCAGACGUCUCAUCACCAUGGAGAAGAUCAAGGAACCAGAGGAGACGGAUGCGCUGGCCCACCUGUCAGACCCUCACUUUAGCCCGUACCAAGGCCACAACGCCUUCAGGGAAAAGUACUUCAGCGGCAUCAGCAAGAGGACAUUGACAGGAAAGGACGAGACCAACAAGAUGGCCACCAACGGUGGGGAGUAAUGUAAGGAUCACAGGAUGGCCCAAUUCCAAAUGGACCCCUAAGCCAGUAUGCAAUUGUGGAGAGGAUUUCACCGGUGCAAUCGAUAUGGUAAUAACUCCACCUUGCUGUUUGAAAGUUUCACCAUAUUGCAUAUACAAAUCGAAUCCUCACAGAUCUGCACAAGAGCAUUAGGUGAAGGUUCUAGGGGUCCAUUUAGGAUUGGGCCGACACCUGCCUAUGGUUUACAAUGGACUCCAUGGGGACAUAGGGCUCCCUGUUUUAAAUGUCUCAUUUUCUAUUCAAAUAUGUUUUUUAUUGUUUGAUGUUUAUUGCCCUUUGUGUAAUAAGUGUGAAUUGUGAACGAAUAAACACCAUUUUAAAAUAUGUAUUUAUUUAUUUAUUG